CUGCCCCCCACUUCUAGGCACCGAACAUUCGAAAGAUGAGAAGUCGAGAAAGCUUGACUCCGAGGUACAGGAAUGAGCUGGAUAGCGUGUAGCGAUUCUUUGUUGAUUUAAACACAACGCCCCGUUCCGCCCGUUGCAUUUGUUUACGUAGACAUUGACGUAGACGUAUAUACUAUUCUAAUUGAAGAAUCAUUAUAUGCCCGUAAUAUGACCUUGGCGGCAGCAGAGAAAGCCUUUGCGGAGGCAACCGACCCUUCUUCAAGUAAGCUACAUGCAGCUAUUCUCGCCGGUGUAGAUAAAAAUGGCAAGAAAAUAUACAGCAAGACGUUUGGGCGAAUGGGUAUCGCGCCGGAUGCACCGCCGCUCAAAGGGGACGCGGUGAUGAAAGUGGCCUCAUGCACCAAGUUGAUCACGAGCAUUGCCGCUCUGCAGUGCGUCGAUCGCGGCCUGAUAGGUCUCGACGACAGCGUGUUCAACGUCCUGCCGGAACUCAGUAAACUAGAAGUUGUCAGCUCGGACGAUGAAGGCAAGACGCUGAAGCUCAGCCCGCCGAACAAGCCUAUAACCAUCAGGCAGCUUCUCACCCACUCUAGUGGGUUGGCCUACGGGGCCUUGUCCCCGUUGAUCGUGGCAUAUCGGAAUCAAAAUGGUCUUGGGGAGUCUGAAUCGUAUCCCAUCUCGGGCACGGUCGCCGAGUGCUACUCUAAUCCCCUGGCCUUCCACCCGGGAGAAGGAUGGGUCUACGGACCUGGUCUGGACUGGGCAGGGCAGCUUGUUCGCCGGUUGAAUAACAACAUCACCCUUGAACAAUACUUUGUGGACAACAUCUUCAAGCCAGUGGGUGCUCCUGCGCCAUAUCCGACGUUCAACCUCAGCGAACACCCGGAGCUGAAAGCGAACCUGCUCGAGUGCGCAAAUCGCACUGCAGAGGGGGGGUUGGAGCCUGUCUCCGCCCCGUUUGGCGAUAUGCCAAAGGACGAGCAUGGCGGUUCUGGCCUGGCCCUGACCACGGACCACUAUCUUGCCGUACAAGCAGAUCUGUUGAGUGACAGCCCGAAACUGCUUAGCAAAGAGAUGAUUUCGGCCUUAUUCUCGCCGCAGCUGGAGGAAGGUUCGGCAGCUCAAAAGGGCCUUGAAGCAUGGUCGCUCAUCUUCGCGCCGAUGACCGGUGGUGAGGUCGGUAUGCCUGGCGUUAACUAUGGUUUAGGUGGCUGUCUGUUCACAAAGGGUAUUCCCAAUACUGGAACUCCUCCAGGAACGUUGAUGUGGGGUGGUUUCACAAAUCCAGUAUGGCAGAUUAACCGAGAGAAGGGCAUUGCUGGUUGGCUUGGUGUACAGCAGCUUCCACCUGGCGAUCCUACCUUUGUCGCCUUGGGAAAGAUUUUUUGGACGGAUUUCUGGGCUACAUUCUAGACCAAGAGUGAGGAUAAUCUUUCUCCUUGAGCGGAAUGCAUAUUGCCAGGCUUUCAGAGGAUGCAAAAUUGCGCUUUUGAAAUCAACCACGCAUCCUCGCAUUUCUUUGCAUACUUUCCCUCGACAAUCCGACUUCAUUA